UUGAAUGACUGGGACGAUCGUAAGCUAAGGUAUCGCCUAACUUGCCACUGAAAACUACGGCGGGAAAGAAUGGACCGCAAAGUAACGAGCGAUGCUCAAAAUUAGAAUCUGAUCAUAAUAUAAUGCCACAUCGAUUCCACCCAUUCAAACAGGCCCAUCAUGCGGUACUCAAAAUUCCAACCGUUGAGAGCAUUUCCCCGGGAAAACAUCCAACGUGAAUUGAAACUCAAAUUUCAAGCACUCUCCAGAAAUGAUCGCUCUCGCCAUCUCAUUUCACGCAAAUCCCUCUCUCCCCUGGCCAAUAUUCUUGAUCCUUAUAGCCCAAAGAGUACGAAUUCUGCAACUUUCACAAGAAGAUCCGAAUUUCGUUUCCCAGGAAGAGCCGAAACGACUCGCUUUGUGCACUCAGUAGCUGAUUCUGAUCAACCCAGCGAGUUUCGACGAGACCCAGAUCACCAAUCAACUAUCUUUGUUCAAAACCUACUCAAGUUUCGAAGGGACAAGCCGGCAGAGGAGAUUGAGCGUGCUCUCGAUCUAUGCGAGCUUACGCUGAGCGAGGAUUUGGUGCUGAACGUACUUCAGCGGCAUCGUUCGGAUUGGAGACCAGCGUAUGUAUUUUUCGAGUGGGUUUGUAAAAGAGGAGGAGAAGGAAGUGCUUACUCACCUGGGUCGGUUGUCUACAAUGAGGUUCUUGACAUUCUUGGGAGAUUGCGGCGUUUUGAGGAGCAUAUCAAAGUGCUCGACGAAAUGUCGAGCAGAAAGGGCCUGGUCAAUGAAGAGACCUAUGGGAUUUUGAUCAAUAGAUUUGCGGCUGCUCAUAAGGUGGAGGACGCAAUUGGUAUAUUCAAUAGGAGGAAAGAGUUUGGAUUAGACAGUGAUUUGGUUUCAUUUCAGAGGCUUUUGAUGUGGUUAUGCCGGUAUAAGCAUGUGGAGGCUGCGGAAACUUUAUUUCACUCAAAGCGAUACGAGUUUGGUUGCGAUAUCAAGACCUGGAAUAUCAUUCUCAACGGCUGGUGCGUGUUGGGGAAUGUUUACGAGGCAAAAAGAUUUUGGAACGAAAUAAUUGCAUCUAAAUGUCGGCCGGAUUUGUUCACGCACGGGACUUUUAUAAACGCUCUGACAAAGAAGGGGAAAUUGGGCACCGCGAUCAAUUUGUUCCGAGCUAUGCGGGAGAAUGGUUUGAACCCAGAUGUAGUGAUCUGCAAUUGUAUCAUUUAUGCGCUUUGUUUCAAGAAGAGGAUCCCUGAAGCUUUGGAAGUUUUUGAGGAAAUGAAGGAGCGGGGCUGUCUACCAAAUGCGGCGACUUACAACUCGCUAAUCAAGCACCUCUGCAAGAUAAGGAGGAUGGAAAAGGUAUACGAGCUUUUGGAAGAAAUGGAACAGAAGAAGGGCAGUUGUUUGCCAACUGAUAAAACCUGGAAUUACUUGCUCAAGUCCUUGAAGAAACCAGAGGAAGUUCCAGAGCUUUUGGAAAGGAUGGAGAGAAAUGGGUGUCAGAUGACUUGUGACACAUACAAUUUGAUGUUGAAGUUGUAUAUGGAUUGGGAUGAUGAGGCAAGAGUAAGAUAUACAUGGGAGGAGAUGGAGAGAAACGGGAUGGGACAUGACCGUCGAUCUUAUACUAUUAUGAUUCAUGGCUUCUAUGACAAGGGGAGAAUACGAGAUGCGCUGCGUUUUUUCAGGCAGAUGGUAUCGAAGGGAAUGGUGCCAGAGCCAAGGACCAAUAUAUUUGUCAAUGACAUGAACGACAAGUUGAAAAUGAGAGCAGGAGAAGAAGUGGAAAUUUCAGCAGAGGAGGAUGGGAGCUCAUAGAGAGAUAGAGAAGCCUUCUAGGUACUCCCAGUGACCAAUUCUAGCAUGAAUUGCUAAGGAUCCAACAAGGGGAACAUUGGAGUCCUUCAGACGUGUCAAUCGAGCAAAUGCGUCCAUAAAAAUAUAAGGCAAACAGAUAUGGAUUGGAUGUCAAGACUUGGCAGAAGAAAGAAGGGCGCCUUAAUAAACACAGAAUGGCCCAAUCAAGAAGCCUAGGAACCCACUUAAGUCCACUUUCACUGUAUCACUCUCCGCCGCAAUAAAUCAUAUAUAUUUGAAAUAAACCCCAUGCAGAGGUGGAUCUCUACAUUCCAAGUUUCCAACCACCUAGCAGGAUGGCGUGAACCAUCCCUAGGGCGGUCGAACCACCUCUUUUGGUGG